UAAGAUGGUUUUUGGCACAAACAGAACGAACGAGUCAUAUGAACCACAAGUUUUAGUUAAGUGCGAACGAAACGAUAUUAAUGGAACAAUGAAGAUAACAAUUCUACUAUUUAUUGUGGGUAUCUGCCUAGUUAGUGCGAAGCAUCUUCCGUAUGAAUCGGACGAUUCCAAUGGCGUAUUAUUAAGAGAUAAAAGGUCAGAUUCUGACGAGUCGGACUCAUCCUUUGAGCACAGCAGUGAUAACGACGAUUCAAUUGAAAGGAAAAUAAAAGAGAGGGAGGAAAAACUACGCGAGAAGGCAGAAAAACAACAAAAAAAGGUAUUAGAACGAGAAGAAAAGGAGAGACGUCGUGAAGAAGAACGUCAAAGAAAACUUGAAGAAAAACGCCAAAAGGAAGAGAAGAAACUUCAAGAGAAACUUGAAAAGGAACGGCGUAAACAAGAAGAACAAGAAAGGAAGCUUGAGGAGAAGCGCUUAAAAGAAGAGAAGAAAAGACAAGAAAAGCAAAUAAAUGAAUUGAAGAAGGAAGCCAAACUGUCAGAAAUAGAAGACGAUAGUUUCCUUGAGACUGAAGAAGAAAACUCAGUUGAACUUGAAGAUAUUUGGAGACAGCAUAUUUACACCAAAUACGGCUUAAACUUUGCUAGCACUAAAUUAGAAAAACAAGCAGCGUUGAAUAAAUAUAUUCAGGAAGAACUGAAACUACAACCGAAUAGUACCAAGACUGAACGUCGUCGCGCGAUAUUAGAUUUGAUCCAAACUAAACUCCAAAAUGAUAUUGCUGAGACGGAGGCGAUUCGCAAGCAAAUAUUGAGUCACGUCAACGCAGUAACAUUACAGAAAUUACGCGAUAAUUUAGAAAAAGACAUAGACGAAAUAAAUAAUAAAACAGAUUUACUGAAAAACGUUCAAUUACCAUGGGCCAUGCCUGUUAAACAGAAACUCGAGGAAAAGAAAACGUUUUUGCAAGGUUUAUCCCAGUUUUUAUCAAACAUUCUUCCUAGCUGGAUUUCUGGAAACCAGUCUCAAACAAAUACUCAAACGAAUGAAAAUGGAAUUCAAAGUAUUAAUUCAAAUAAUGAUGCCUCUGAGUCUUCUGGAAAUGGUGAAAUUUCUAGUAUUGGCUCUACCAAUAAUGAACCAACGAACGAUCCAACGAACAAUUCAAUUGAUUCAAAUGGAGAUAAUGUCCACCCUGAUGGAAAUGAAAAUAGUGGAUCUCCAGCUUCACCCAGCUCUAUCCCAGGCUCACAAGCAAAUAAUGCGGCUGCUUCUGAAUCUAAUGUAGCAGGACAGCCCGAAGGAUCUGUAUCUCAACUAAAUCCUGAAGCUCCAUCCAGCUCUGUGGAUACAGCUUCCAGUGGUGUUAGCAACCCAGCCUCACAAGCAAAUGGUGCUGCAGCUUCUGAAUCUAAUGUUGCAGGACAGCCCCAGGGAUCUGUAUCUCAAGGCAAUCCAGAAGCUCCACCCAGCUCUGUCAAUACAGCUUCCAAUGGUGUUAGCAACCCAACCUCACAACCAAAUGAAGUUGCAGCUUCUGAAUCUAAUGUAGCAGGACUGCCCGAGGGAUCUGUAACUCAAGUCAAUCCAGAAGCUCCACCCAGCUCUGUCAACUCAGCUUCCAGUGAUGUUAGCAACCCAGCCUCACAAGCAAAUGAUGUUGCAGCUACUGAAUCUAAUGUAGGAGGACAGCCCGAGGGAUCUGUAUCUCAAGUAAAUUCUGAAGCUCCAUCCAGCUCCGUGGAUACAGCUUCCAGUGGUGCUAGCAACCCAGCCUCACAACCAAAUGAAGUUGCAGCUUCUGAAUCUAAUGUUGGAGGACAGCCCGAGGGAUCUGUAUCUCAAGUAAAUCCUGAAACUCCAUCCAGCUCCGUGGAUACAGCUUCCAGUGGUGUUAGCAACCCAGCCUCACAAUCAAAUGGUGCUGCAGCUCCUGAAUCUAAUGUAGCAGGACUGCCAGAGGUAUCUGUACCUCAAGUUAAUCCAGAAGCUCCAUCCAGCUCUGUGGAUACAGCUUCCAGUGGUGUUAGCAACCCAGCCUCACAAGCAAAUGAUGUUGCAGCUACUGAAUCUAAUGUAGCAGGACAGCCUGAAGUAUCUGUAUCUCAAGUAAAUCCUGAAGCUCCAUCCAGCUCUGUUGACUCAGCUUCCAGUGGUGUUAGCAAUCCAGCCUCACAACCAAAUGAAGUUGCAGCUACUGAAUCUAAUGUUGCAGGACCGCCCCAGGGAUCUGUAUCUCAAGGCAAUCCAGUAGCUCCACCCAGCUCUGUCAACUCAGCUUCCAGUGAUGUUAGCAACCCAGCCUCACAAGCAAAUGAUGUUGCAGCUACUGAAUCUAAUGUAGGAGGACAGCCCGAGGGAUCUGUAUCUCAAGUAAAUCCUGAAGCUCCAUCCAGCUCCGUGGAUACAGCUUCCAGUGGUGCUAGCAACCCAGCCUCACAACCAAAUGAAGUUGCAGCUUCUGAAUCUAAUGUUGGAGGACAGCCCGAGGGAUCUGUAUCUCAAGUCAAUACAGAAGCUCUAUCCAGCUCUCUGGAUACAACUUCCAGUGGUGUUAGCAACCCAGCCUCACAAUCAAAUGGUGAUGCAGCUCCUGAAUCUAAUGUAGCAGGACUGCCCGAGGGAUCUGUAUCUCAAGUCAACCCAGAAGCUCCAUCCAGCUCUGUUGAUACAGCUUCCAGUGGUGUUAGCAACCCAGCCUCACAAGCAAAUGAUGUUGCAGCUACUGAAUCUAAUGUAGCAGGACAGCCUGAAGUAUCUGUAUCUCAAGUAAAUCCUGAAGCUCCAUCCAGCUCUGUUGACUCAGCUUCCAGUGGUGUUGGCAAUCCAGCCUCACAACCAAAUGAAGUUGCAGCUACUGAAUCUAAUGUUGCAGGACAGCCCCAGGGAUCUGUAUCUCAAGGCAAUCCAGAAGCUCCACCCAGCUCUGUCAACUCAGCUUCCAGUGAUGUUAGCAACCCAGCCUCACAAGCAAAUGAUGUUGCAGCUACUGAAUCUAAUGUAGGAGGACAGCCCGAGGGAUCUGUAUCUCAAGUAAAUCCUGAAGCUCCAUCCAGCUCCGUGGAUACAGCUUCCAGUGGUGCUAGCAACCCAGCCUCACAACCAAAUGAAGUUGCAGCUUCUGAAUCUAAUGUUGGAGGACAGCCCGAGGAAUCUGUAUCUCAAGUAAAUCCUGAAGCUCCAUCCAGCUCCGUGGAUACAGCUUCCAGUGGUGUUAGCAACCCAGCCUCACAAUCAAAUGGUGCUGCAGCUCCUGAAUCUAAUGUAGCAGGACUGCCAGAGGUAUCUGUACCUCAAGUUAAUCCAGAAGCUCCAUCCAGCUCUGUGGAUACAGCUUCCAGUGGUGUUAGCAACCCAGCCUCACAAGCAAAUGAUGUUGCAGCUCCUGAAUCUAAUGUAGCAGGACUGCCCGAGGGAUCUGUAUCUCAAGUCAACCCAGAAGCUCCAUCCAGCUCUGUGGAUACAGCUUCCAGUGGUGUUAGCAACCCAGCCUCACAAGCAAAUGAUGUUGCAGCUACUGAAUCUAAUGUAGCAGGACUGCCAGAAAUAUCUGUAUCUCAAGUAAAUCCUGAAGCUCCAUCCAGCUCUGUUGACUCAGCUUCCAGUGGUGUUAGCAACCCAGCCUCACAAGCAAAUGAUGUUGCAGCUCCUGAAUCUAAUUUAGCAGGAGUGCCCGAGGGAUCUGUAUCUCAAGUCAACCCAGAAGCUCCAUCCAGCUCUGUGGAUACAGCUUCCAGUGGUGUUAGCAACCCAGCCUCACAAGCAAAUGAUGUUGCAGCUACUGAAUCUAAUGUAGCAGGACUGCCUGAAGUAUCUGUAUCUCAAGUAAAUCCUGAAGCUCCAUUCAGCUCUGUUGACUCAGCUGCCAGUGGUGUUAGCAACCCAGCCUCACAACCAAAUGAAGUUGCAGCUUCUGAAUCUAAUGUAGCAGGACUGCCAGAAAUAUCUGUAUCUCAAGUCAAUCCAGAACCUCCAUCCAGUUCUGUUGAUACAGCUUCCAGUGGUGUUAGCAACCCAGCCUCACAAGCAAAUGAUGUUGCAGCUACUGAAUCUAAUGUAGCAGGACUGCCAGAAAUAUCUGUAUCUCAAGUCAAUCCAGAAGCUCCAUCCAGCUCUGUUGACUCAGCUUCCAGUGGUGUUAGCAACCCAGCCUCACAAGCAAAUGAUGUUGCAGCUACUGAAAGUAAUAUAGCAGGACUGCCAGAGGUAUCUGUACCUCAAGUUAAUCCUGUAGCUCCAUCCAGCUCUAUCGAUUCAGCUUCUAGUGGUGUUAGAAACCCAGCCCAACAAGUAAACGAUGCUGCAGCAGUAGAUGGACAUUCAGCAGGCUCCGCAUCACAAGGAACUUUUGUAGGCCAAGCUGAGAGUCCUUCAAGUAAUACUAUCAAAGAUACAUCUGCUACCGCAACACAGGAGUUGCCAACUACGAAUAAUCAAUCUAUAGCGUCAGUUACAACUACAGAUGUUACAUCAGAAAAAGUAAUUAAUUCAACUCCUACAGAUUUAAUGCAGUCAAAUGGAAAUGCUAAACCGGAGAGUACAACUGAUACAUACGCAACUGUAGUACCCGAAGUCAACGGGCCGAUAACGGAAAAUAAAUAUGCAGUGAUUAAUCAAAACGCUGUUGAAUCCCAAACGGAGACAGCUGGUGUUGUGAUAGAAUCUCAAUCAGCCACCGAUAUCGUACCAUCCGGGCAAAGUGAAUUAAAUACAAAGGCUCCCCAAGCUGCAAUAACUGAAUCUGUACCUUUGACCCCAGUUGAUUAUGUUUUAGAGAGUUUUACAGUAGAAGCUGAACCUGGAGCUACUGUAGUAGAUGUAGUUGCGCAGUAAAAAAAUAAUAGUAAUAAAAAAUAUGUAAAUAAUAUUUGAGGAUAUGUAACUGAACAGUAUGAGCAUACUUAAAUGUAUUAAAUAGUUAGUAAUA